AUGGCGUCCCGACCAGAGCUGAAAGAAGAAGACGAAACUAGCUUUUGUAAAUUCUUCCGCAACCUGCCACAAAAGGAUGACACCAUACGCAUAUUCGACCGAGGAGAUUACUACAGCUCCCACGGCGAAGAUGCGAAGUUCAUUGCCAAUCAUGUCUACCGCACGACUGCCGUUAUCCGUAAGCUGGGCCGCGACCCGGGCCUCGAAUCCGUGACUAUGACCGUUACUGUCUUCCGAAACUUCCUCCGGGACUCGCUUUUCAGACUGGGUAAACGAAUUGAGAUAUGGCAAUCGUCCGGAAGGAUGGCGUGGAAAAUAGCGAAACAGGCUUCGCCCGGCAAUUUGCAGGAUAUCGAGGAAGAGCUCGGUGGACAAGUCGAGAAUGCGCCCAUAAUGCUGGCUGUCAAGGUGUCGGCGAAGGCAGGUGAAGCACGGAAUGUGGGUGUCUGCUUCGCUGAUGCCAGCGUGCGAGAACUUGGCGUGACCGAAUUCCUGGAUAAUGAUCUCUACUCGAAUUUUGAAUCGCUCCUCAUUCAGCUCGGUGUGAAGGAAUGUCUCAUUCAGGCCGAUACCUCCAAGAAAGAUGUAGAGCUCAACAAGAUCCGGACAAUUGCCGACAACUGUGGCUGCGCAAUAGCCGAGCGAGGCGUAGCUGACUUUGGUACCAAAGAUAUCGACCAGGAUCUUCCGCGGUUGCUCAAGGAUGAGCAUGCUGCCGGUACCCUCCCUCAGACUGAUCUGAAGCUAGCCAUGGGCGCAGCGGCAGCUUUGAUUAAAUAUCUAGGUGUAAUGGCCGACUCCUCGAAUUUCGGGCAAUAUCAGCUAUACCAGCAUGAUCUGUCGCAGUACAUGAAGCUCGACUCGGCGGCACUGAAAGCGCUGAACCUCAUGCCUGGGCCUCGAGAUGGUGCAAAGACGAUGAGUUUGUAUGGGCUGCUGAAUCACUGCAAAACGCCAACUGGUAGUCGGUUGCUGGCGCAAUGGCUCAAACAACCGCUCAUGAAUGUCGCCGACAUUGAGCGACGACAACAGCUUGUCGAAGCGUUUGUCAACGACACUGAGUUGAGGCAAACUUUGCAAGAAGAACACCUCCGCGCUAUACCCGACCUCUACCGACUGGCGAAGAAGUUUCAACGCAAGAUUGCGAACUUGGAAGAUGUUGUGCGGACAUAUCAGGUUGUCAUACGAUUGCCGGGCUUCAUCCAAGCGUUUGAGUCCGUAAUGGACGAGCAAUAUCGAGAUCCGUUGGACGCAGAAUACACGAACAAGCUACGAGAGUACGAUGCGUCGUUUGCCAAGCUACAAGAAAUGGUGGAGACGACGGUCGACUUGGACGCUCUCGACAAUCACGAGUUUAUUAUCAAGUCCGAGUUUGACGAAGGACUCGGCACCAUUCGUAAGCGUCUCGACAAGCUCAAACGAGAGAUGAAUGAAGAGCAUAUGAGCGUGGGUCGUGACCUGAAUCAGGACACCGAAAAGAAACUGUUUCUAGAGAACCAUCGUGUGCACGGUUGGUGCUUCAGGCUGACUCGCAACGAAGCCGGGUGCAUACGAAAUAAGAAGCAGUACCAGGAAUGCUCAACACAGAAAAACGGCGUUUACUUCACCACAUCAUCAUUGCAAGCCAAGCGAAGAGAGUUCGAUCAGCUAUCAGAGACGUAUAACCGGACACAGAGCGGCUUGGUGAACGAGGUUGUGACGGUAGCAUCUUCGUACAUUCCAGUGGUCGAGAAAUUGGCAGCAGUUCUUGCGCAUCUAGAUGUUGUUGUGGCGUUCGCACACGUUUCAGUCCACGCUCCCACGUCUUAUACACGGCCUACGAUGCAUCCACGGGGCACCGGCAAUACCACAUUGAGAGAGGCUCGCCAUCCGUGUUUGGAGAUGCAGGAUGACGUAUCGUUUAUUACGAAUGAUGUUAGCCUUGUGCGCGAUUCGAGCGAAUUCUGCAUCAUAACAGGUCCGAACAUGGGUGGUAAAUCGACGUACAUCCGACAAAUUGGUGUCAUCGCGCUCAUGGCUCAGAUUGGCUGCUUUGUUCCAGCGUCUGAGGCAGAGCUUACCAUUUUCGAUUGCAUCCUCGCUCGUGUCGGUGCAAGCGACAGCCAAAUCAAGGGCGUCUCGACGUUCAUGGCAGAGAUGUUAGAGACAGCCAACAUUUUGAAGUCCGCUACGAAAGAAUCCCUCAUCAUUAUCGAUGAGCUCGGCCGUGGAACGAGCACAUACGAUGGGUUCGGUCUUGCAUGGGCCAUUUCUGAGUACAUCGUCAAGGAAAUUGGCGCCUUCGCUCUUUUCGCCACGCACUUCCACGAACUCACUGCGCUGGUCAAGACGUAUCCGCAAGUCCAGAAUCUCCACGUCGUAGCUCACAUCUCCCAGGGCACAGAAGAAUCUGGCAGUGGUGUGCAAAAGAAGCGUGAGGUGACGCUUCUCUACAAGGUAGAGGAAGGCGUCUGCGAUCAGUCUUUCGGCAUUCACGUCGCUGAGCUUGUUCGCUUCCCACAAAAGGUCAUCAACAUGGCGAAGCGGAAGGCAGACGAGCUGGAAGACUUCUCGGGCAAGCACGAGGAGGGCUUCGUGCAGGCGAGUAAAGAGGAAGUCGAAGAGGGCAGCAGACUACUGAAAAGGGUGCUGUUGACUUGGAAAGAAGAAGUGGAAAGUAAGGGCCUGACGAAGACGCAGCAGGUUGAGAGGAUGAGGGAGCUGGUACUAGGAGAGGUUGCUCUGAUGAAUAAUGCUUUCUUCAAGAGCAUGCAGGCGUUGUAA